AUGGAGGAAAUCGAGGCCCUGCGCAGCCAAGCAAAAGAAAUCGAGUGUUUGAAUCGUGGACCAGACUGUGUUGUCGAUGCCCUGGAAUACUACCCCAUAUGGGUGAUCAGUAUAUUCGCGGUAUUCGCACUUGCAGCUGUCGUCAUAAUACCCUAUACUUUCUGUGCCACUGAUGACGACGACUUGGCUAAGCGUAAAAUCGAAGUCUUCCGACGAGCGAGCGCUCUGGAACUCGAUCUGGAAGGAGGUCCGCUGAACACUAGCGUCUCCGGAUUCACGCACGCUUCGCCGAUCUCGGAAUUGACCCAUCAUUUCCAUAUGAAGAACUUCCUCCACAUCGACAGCUUCAAGCAGUACGCCCGCAGACUGUCCCACGUCGCUCACCUGGAUUUCUCAACGCACAGCGAGCCGAGCUCAAGUUGCGGUAAGCGAUGA